CAUGCUCACGCGCACUUGACUUUGAUCUCAAGAUCUAUAAUAACUAUAAGUAAUAUGAAACCGUGCGUAUACUGGUUUUGCUUAUAUAUGAGUUUGUAAGCGUAUAGAAUAUCAUUGGUUAGAAAACGAGCGUGUCACAAGUGAGACUGAGACAACGAUAUCGGCCUUAGACGAAAAAGGAAGACCGGCCGGUGCCGACGUUGGUACGCAAUCGAAAAUUUCAAAUUUCGAAUUUAUCGCUUUACUAUUUCAGUUUAUAACCGGCCAGUGUUUUGUGUGCUAUUUUAAUAUAGCAACACUGUUUUUAACGACUCAGCAGUGAGUACGUGUUGCAAUUCCUACCGGUGUUCGUUGAGUCAUGCAUAUUUAAUGUCGUUUUUAUCGUAAAUUGUGAUAAUUAAUAUGAGAUAGGACGUUCCUAAUAAUUAUCAACAGUUUUAGCAUCGGUGUUGUGUUAGCUGCACGAGCUAUUUCAAGAUUAGAUCGAUAAUUUCGAAAACAAAAGCGAAUUUGAAGUCAAAAUGAAGCUCUCCUUCCUCCUCGUCUGCGGCCUGCUGCCGUUCAUCAGGACAGAGGAAGAGAACCCGUUCCUGGACCUGGCUUCCUCCUUCAUCCAGAACAUGGGGGAUGGGGGUGACGGCAUGGGGGCGCUCGGCAGCAUCGUGGGUUCGCUGAUGCAGGGGCAAGAUGGAGGGAAUGCCGGAGAUGUUCUGUCAGGAAUCGGCAGCCUACUCACCGGGCAAGACGGCAAAAUCGACCCCGCCAUGAUCGGCUCAAUGAUAUCCAUGUUCGCCCAAAUGAACUCCAAUGAACCCAAGCAGCGUCAGAAACGGCAAAAUAACGAGAAGCCAGAUAUAAACCUGGACAGCAUCCUGGGCAUGGCUUCCGGUCUCUUGGGGAACAAGAAUGUGGCGUCCCUGCUGCCGGUUGUCUUGAACGCGUUCAAUAGCUUGUCCAACCCGGAUAAUAAGGAGUUGGCUGCUGGACAUAAGGACCAUGCUGACUUCUUGCCACCUUUCUUGGAGAAGCUGCAUCUUUAUUGGGAUCUUUUCACUGAAUCUGAGUUGGGAAAAGUGAUCUGGGAGAAAUCAGGCCUGAAACGGGCCCUGAAAGCCUUUACUGGCCCCGACGGCAGCCUGAGCUUCGAGCUGAUGAUGAAGAGUUUCGAGAACCAAUCCUUCCGGAGGCACUGGAUCAAGGCGGCCGCCAGAUACUUGACCGAUGUGGUGAUGCAGAUCGCGAAGCCUGAGGUUUAUCAGAGGUACAUCGGCGCCGCGGAAUACAUAAUCAACAGCUUCUUGGACGCACAGGGCCUGCCUCGCAGCACCCACUUCAACGUCAAGACCCCAGAGAAGUCCGUCACAGUGCUCCUCAACUUCGUGCUCAAGCGGUACCUCAACGUCGACGCGGAUGUGGCGUCGUACGUCAAACCCGCCGUGGAUUACUUGAAGCAAACCUUGAAGAUGGCACAAGCGACCUCCGCAAGCCUGACCAGCCGCGGGGACUAUAACGCCCUCGCCGACCGCGUGACAGACACACUCAACUUGGAGAUCAUUGAGCCAGUGCUGAGGGUGUACCGCGCUUACAAGCAUUCUGUAGCUGCGCCGCACUGCCAGGAGCAUCUCAUGUGUCUGGUUAACAGGCACCACGAUCAAGACAAGCAAGGACUACCCGGCUUCAAAGCGGGUCUCACAAAGGUAGCCAGUAUGGCCGCGUCGGCCGCGCUGAGCUUCCAAAAUGGAAAAGGAUUCUGGGACCUUUACAACGCGAUCCAAAGCGAUGUCAACUGUGAGGCUAAAUACCCCGCAGACUGUGCUUCUUUCCACGAACACGAACUGAAGGUCACCACAGAAGUAUACCACAGUGAAUUAUAGACUAAUGUUAUAAGUGGCAACACUCGCCGUCGAUGCUUAUCGAAUUUAAACCUUAUAGAAUAGGACAAGAGUCUAUAUUCGCUUGCAAGUUUUAGUUUUUUUUAAUUAAGUA